GCCUUCCACCUCCCCCUCUCCCCCGCCUUUGGGGUGAGAGCAUCUCAGAUGUCCGGGUAACCACGGCUCUGGGCUCUAGGCAGCCUCUGUCUGUAGCAGCUGGGCCGGCGGGCCCCGUGCCCCCCGUCCCCCUCCCAAACCCAAUGUCUCUGCUCUAAUAUCAGCGCCGAUCCCCCUACCCCCAAGUCCUUCCCUUCCCCCUCCCCGUCCCAUCUAACUCCGGUACCAUGAACGACCAGUACCACCGGGCGGCCCGGGAUGGCUACUUGGACCUUCUCAAAGAAGCCACCCGGAAGGAACUCAACGCUCCAGAUGAAGAUGGCAUGACCCCCACCCUCUGGGCCGCCUACCACGGCAACUUGGAGUCGCUGCGUCUCAUCGUUAGCCGCGGAGGUGAUCCCGACAAAUGUGACAUCUGGGGUAACACCCCGCUGCACCUGGCAGGCUCUAAUGGCCAUCUCCACUGCUUGUCCUUCCUGGUGUCCUUUGGGGCCAACAUCUGGUGCCUGGACAAUGACUACCACACGCCCUUGGACAUGGCGGCCAUGAAGGGACACAUGGAGUGUGUGCGCUACCUAGACUCCAUUGCGGCCAAGCAGAGCAGCCUGAACCCCAAACUGGUGGGCAAGCUGAAAGAGAAGGCUUUCCGAGAAGCAGAGAGGCGCAUUAAGGACUGCGCCAAGAUGCAGCGCAAACACCACGCGCGCAUGGAGCGGCGUUACCGGAGAGAGCUGGCGGAGCGGGCGGACACGCUGAGCUUCUCCAGCCUCUCUUCCAGCACCCUGAGCCGUCGUCUUCAGAACUUGUCUCUGGCCAGUCACCUCCCCUACUCCCAGGCCACCCUCCACGGGACAGGCCGAGGCAAGACAAAAAUCCAGAGGAAGCUGGAGCGGCGCAAGCAUGGCGAAGGAACUUUCAAGAUAUCGGAGGAUGGAAGGAAAAGCAUCCGCUCUCUGUCUGGGUUGCAGCUGGGCAGUGAUGUGAUGUUUGUCCGCCAGGGGACCUAUGCCAACCCUAAGGAGUGGGGCCGAUCCCCACUCCGGGACAUGUUCCUCUCAGAUGAGGACAGCGUCUCUCGUGCCACCCUGGAGCCUGGCCUCGGGGCUGAGUCAGCCCACUCGGAGGUCAGCACAGACUCAGGCCAUGACUCUCUCUUCACUCGCCCCGGCCUGGGCACCAUGGUGUUCCGGAGGAACUAUGUAAGCAGUGGACUGCAGGGGCUGGGUCGGGAGGAGGGAGGGGCUGGCACCCUGCGUGCCAGAAUGCGGCACUCUCCAAGCCUGGAUGAUGAUAGCAUCGGCAGUGCCAACAGCUUGCAGGAGCGUCUUGAUGAAUUGCCUUGGGAUGAUUUUGACCUGGGCCUAGAUGAGGCUCUGGAGCCUGAAACCAGCCCAUUGGAGACUUUCCUUGCCUCCCUGCACAUGGAUGACUUUGUGGCCCUCCUGAGGCAAGAGAAGAUUGAUCUGGAUGCCCUGAUGCUCUGUUCUGAACUAGACCUCCAUAGCAUCAGCAUCCCCCUGGGGCCCCGGAAGAAAAUCUUGGGCGCCAUCAAACGCAGACGCCUGGUGCUAGAGCAGCCCCCUGCACUGGAGGACACAGAGUUAUAACUGAGGGGGUUAUGCCCUGAACCAGUGAAUUGCAAAUUGCCACAUAUCCCGGUGGGACCACUGAGGCCUCACCAGCCACAGCCCAAUGGCCCUUGUUUACUUCCUAUCCUGCAGCUCCUAGACCCUGGGUCCUCCUGGGAGGAUGGACUGCUUGCUUUACCCGUUCUUUUAAGAUUGUUCUAGGUCUGGGAAUAGUGGAUGUUCCCUUCCCUUCUCCUUUCCAGCUUCAUUUUUCUCCCAUCCUGCUGCAAGCCUAGUGGGGAGAGGAGAAGGGAUGCAGGUCACCCUUUCCUAUGUUUUGGGGUUUCUGUGGUCCUAGGGUCCUGGAAGGUGAGCACAGCCCCUCUUUGUUGGGACCCAGGCAACACCAGAUUCUACCUUAGACCUUUAGUGAGGGGCCAGAGCACAUGUGUUACAGCAAGUGAUCCAAAUAGUGAAUGCCCUGAUGCAACCUGUUCCUGAUCCACUCCCUUUAUGAAUAGUUUUAAAGUUGUGGCCAUGUGAAUAAGAGGGGUGCCUGCUCCCAUCCUGAACCUGGCAGAAGACCCUUCAAAGAGCAUUUAUAUGCAUCAAAUCUGAACUCACAAGGGAAGUCAUAUCUCCUGGGUUUUGAAUUGCUCCAAGCUCAGCAGAGGGAAAGGGUGCUCCUUGAUGCUGCCACCUCUCCUCUCUUAGAAAAGGAUCCUCUUGGGCAUCUGAGUGGCUCAGUGGAUUGAGAGCCAGACCUAGAAAUGGGAGGUCCUAGAUUCAAAUCUGGCCCCAGACACUUCCUAGCUGUGUGACCCUGGACAAGUCACUUAAUCUUCAUUGCCUAGCCUUUACCACUCUUCUGCCUUGGAACUAAUACACAGUAUUGAUUCUAAUAUGGAAGGUAAGGGUUUGGGGGGGGGAGAGGGAGAGAGAGAGAGAGAAAGAGAGAGAGAGAGGGAGGAGGAGGAAGGAAGGAAGGAAGAAAGGAAGGAAGGAAGGAAGGAAGGAAGGAAGGAAGGAAGGAAGAAAGGAAGGAAGGAAGGAAGGAAGGAAGGAAGGAAAGAAAGAAAGAAAGAAAGAAAGAAAAGAAAGAAAGAAAGAAAGAAAGAAAGAAAGAAAGAAAGAAAGAAGAAAGAAAGAAAGAAAGAAAGAAAGAAAGAAAGAAAGAAAGAAAGAAAGAAAGAAGAAAGAAAG